AUGUCUUCUCAAGAAUGGUCAAUAUCGCCAACACCUUCAAUAGAAGAAGUCCCCUGGACACCAGCAGAAAGUUCUGUUUUUAGUCCUGCCUCAACUAAUGAAAUAAGCAAUGAACUAAAUGAUGAAACUAAUAACGGAGCUAAUGAUAAAUAUUUUCAGACCACAG